GGGUGUCGGGCCUGGCGGGCUCCAUCUACCGCGAGUUCGAGCGCCUCAUCCACUGCUACGACGAGGAGGUGGUCAAGGAGCUUAUGCCGCUCGUGGUGAACGUGCUGGAGAACCUGGACUCGGUGCUCAGCGAGAACCAGGAGCACGAGGUGGAGCUGGAGCUGCUGCGCGAGGACAACGAGCAGCUGCUCACCCAGUACGAGCGCGAGAAGAAGUUCAUCGAGUUUGAAGACGCGCUGGAGCAGGAGAAGAAGGAGCUGCAGGUGCAGGUGGAGCACUACGAGUUCCAGACGCGUCAGCUCGAGCUGAAGGCCAAAAACUACGCAGACCAGAUUUCCCGGCUGGAGGAGCGGGAAUCGGAGAUGAAAAAGGAGUACAACGCUCUGCACCAGCGACACACGGAGAUGAUCCAGACCUACGUGGAGCACAUCGAGAGGUCCAAGCUGCAGCAGGUCGGGGGCAGCGGCCAGACGGAGAGCAGCCUGCCCGGGAGGAGGAAGGAGCGUCCCAGCUCCCUGAACGUCUUCCCGCUGCGGACCGCACAGUACGUGCAGGCGGACGGCACGGUACGUGCACAGACACGGGGCCAGCUGGGGCCUGCGGGGGACCACUGGCGCCUGAGCGACCUCGGCCAGCUGCAGUCCGGCUCCAGCUACCAGUGUCCGCACGACGAGAUGUCUGAGUCCGGGCAGUCCUCAGCUGCAGCCACGCCCAGCACCACGGGCACCAAGUCUAACACGCCCACGUCCUCCGUGCCCUCGGCCGCAGUCACACCCCUCAACGAGAGCCUGCAGCCCCUGGGGGACUAUGGCGUCAACACCAAGAACAGCAAGCGGGCUCGCGAGAAGCGCAACAGCCGCAACAUGGAAGUCCAGGUCGCUCAGGAGAUGCGCAACGUCAGCAUAGGCAUGGGCAGCAGUGACGAGUGGUCUGAUGUCCCAGACACCAUUGACUCCACUCCAGAGUUGGACGUGUGUCCUGAGACGCACCUGGACCGCACAGGAAGCAGCCCCACCCAGGGCAUCGUGAACAAGGCGUUCGGCAUCAACACCGACUCUCUGUACCACGAGCUCUCCACGGCAGGGUCCGAGGCCAUCGGGGAUGUGGACGAAGGGGCUGACCUCCUAGGGGAGUUCUCAGUACGCGAUGAUUUUUUUGGAAUGGGCAAAGAAGUGGGCAACCUGCUGCUGGAGAACUCCCAGCUUCUGGAGACCAAAAACGCCUUGAACGUGGUGAAGAAUGACCUCAUCGCCAAGGUCGACCAGCUGUCAGGGGAGCAGGAGGUGCUGAGGGGGGAGCUGGAAGCCGCCAAGCAGGCCAAAGUCAAGCUGGAGAGCCGGGUCAGAGAGCUGGAGGAGGAGCUGAGACGAGCGAAGUCAGAGGUCAUCGUUGCCCGCCGUGACCCCAAAGAAGAGGUGGAGGAUGUAAGCAGCUACCUCUGUACAGAACUGGACAAGAUCCCCAUGGCCCAGCGCCGCCGCUUCACGCGGGUGGAGAUGGCCCGAGUGCUCAUGGAGCGGAACCAGUACAAGGAGCGGCUGAUGGAGCUGCAGGAGGCUGUACGGUGGACCGAGAUGAUCAGAGCAUCCCGAGAACACCCGUCUGUCCAGGAGAAGAAAAAGUCCACCAUCUGGCAGUUCUUCAGCCGCCUCUUCAGCUCCUCCUCCAGUCCCCCUCCAGCCAAGCGGGCCUACCCCUCAGUGAACAUCCACUACAAGUCGCCCACCGCAGCCGGCUUCAGCCAGCGCCGCAGCCAUGCCAUGUGCCAGAUCUCGGCAGGCAGCCGGCCCCUGGAGUUCUUCCCCGAUGACGACUGCACGUCCUCCGCCCGGCGGGAGCAGAAGCGUGAACAGUACCGCCAGGUGCGCGAGCACGUGCGCAACGAUGACGGGCGGCUGCAGGCCUGCGGCUGGAGCCUGCCGGCCAAGUACAAGCAGCUGAGUCCCAACGGGGGCCAGGAGGACACACGGGUGAAGCACGUGCCUGUCCCCGUGUACUGCCGCCCUCUGGUGGAAAAGGACCCGACCAUGAAGCUGUGGUGUGCUGCGGGGGUCAACCUGAGCGGGUGGAAGCCAGGCGACGACGCUCCUGGGAACAGCAUCAAGCCCACACCAGGCUGUGACCCUCUGACCUGUGACCGGGAAGUGGAAGGCAGCGAGCCCAAGAGCACCCACACGUCUCCCGAGAAGAAGAAGGCAAAGGAGCUUGCCGAGGCGGACGCCACCUCCAGCCGGGUAUGGAUCCUCACCAGCACCCUGAGCACCAGCAAGGUGGUCAUCAUCGAUGCGAACCAGCCAGGCACCGUGGUGGACCAGUUCACCGUCUGCAACGCCCACGUGCUGUGCAUCUCUAGCAUCCCGGCGGCCAGCGACAGUGACUACCCCCCUGGAGAGAUGUUCCUGGACAGCGACGUGAACCCCGAGGACUCUGGCACGGACGGCGUGCUGGCCGGCAUCACCCUGGUGGGCUGUGCCACCCGCUGCAACGUGCCUCACAGCAGCUGCUCCUCCCGGGGGGACACCCCGGUGCUGGACAAAGGGCAGGGGGAGGUGGCUGCUGUUGCCAAUGGGAAGGUCAACCCGUCCCAGUCCACAGAGGAGGCCACGGAGGCCACAGAGGUCCCAGACCCUGGGCCCAGCGAGUCAGAAACGGCUGCAGUGCGUCCUGGGCCCCUCACGGAGCACGUCUUCACCGACCCGGCCCCCAACCCAUCCUCGCCUACGCAGCCCGGCAGUGAGGACGGCCCGCAGCCUGAUGGUGGCAGCACACAGCCUGAGCCAGAGUCCAGCGGAGACCCAGUCGGGACAGGCAACAGCGCGGCGCCCACCAUGUGGCUGGGCACCCAGAACGGCUGGCUUUACGUGCACUCUGCCGUGGUCAACUGGAAGAGGUGUCUGCACUCCAUCAAGCUGAAGGACUCCGUGCUCAGCCUGGUGCACGUCAAGGGCCGCGUGCUGGUGGCGCUAGCAGACGGGACUCUGGCCAUCUUCCACCGUGGUGAAGAUGGCCAGUGGGACCUGAGCAACUACCACCUGAUGGAUCUGGGCCACCCGCACCACUCCAUCCGCUGCAUGGCUGUCGUGUGCGACCGCGUCUGGUGCGGCUACAAGAACAAGGUGCACGUGAUCCAGCCGAAGACCAAGCAGGUGGAGAAGUCGUUCGACGCACACCCGAGGCGGGAGAGCCAGGUGCGGCAGCUGGCGUGGAUUGGCGACGGGGUGUGGGUGUCCAUCCGCCUGGACUCCACCCUGCGGCUCUACCACGCCCACACCCACCAGCACCUGCAGGACGUGGACAUCGAGCCCUACGUCAGCAAGAUGCUGGGCACCGGCAAGCUGGGCUUCUCCUUCGUGCGUAUCACGUCCCUGCUCAUCGCUGGCAGCCGCCUCUGGGUGGGCACCGGCAACGGCGUCGUCAUCUCCAUCCCCCUGACCGAGACUGUGGUCCUGCACCGAGGCCAGCUCCUGGGUCUCCGAGCCAACAAGACAUCCCCCACAUCUGGGGAGGGGGCCCGCCCAGGGGGCGUCAUCCAUGUGUACGGGGACGACUGCAGUGACAGGUCGGCCAGCAGCUUCAUCCCCUACUGCUCCAUGGCCCAGGCCCAGCUCUGCUUCCAUGGGCACCGCGAUGCCGUCAAGUUCUUUGUCUCAGUGCCGGGGAAUGUGCUGGCCACCCUCAACGGCAGCGUGCUGGACAGCCCAUCAGAGAGCCCUGGGCCUGCCGCCCCUGCCUCAGACGCGGAGGGCCAGAGGCUGAAGAAUGUUCUGGUGCUCAGCGGCGGGGAGGGCUACAUCGACUUCCGCAUCGGGGACGGAGAAGAUGACGAGACGGACGACAGUGCAGGAGACAUGAGCCAGGUGAAGCCCAUGCUGUCGAAGGCGGAGCGGAGCCACAUCAUCGUGUGGCAGGUGUCCUACGCUCCAGAGUGAGCGCCCUGCCUGCACAUAGGCCCGCCCUCCCGGCUGGCGGCAGUCCGACACCCCUAAGUGAGCCCACCCGCCCUGCCUUGUACAUAGGCCCCGCCCACCUGCCCUCCCCCUCCAGGCAGCCAGGCCCCCGCCCACCCCUAACCUCUCAACUUGCAGCUUUCACCUGAGGUCCAGGCCCUCCAGCUGGCAGGGAGUGACUGGGGUGGCUGGGAGGGGGAGCCAGUAACUCCUGGCUGGCCCCAGCCCACAGUCAAGCCCCUGGGCAUCUUAGGGCCAGAGCAAGGUGGGGUCUGAGGUGGCUGGGGGCAGCCCUGGGCUCCCCACUCCCCAGGUCCCCUCUGGCAGAAAGCAGGGGCUCCAUGCUGCCAAGUCCUCCCGUCCUGAGACCCCUGCCUUUGCAUGCUGCUGUGGGGUAGGGUCCCCCAUCUGCCAGGCCCUUGCUCUGCCUAAGGGAGCAGGGCCAGUGACUAGCCUUUGCCCAGGGAGGUGCCUCCUCUGGGGCAUCCCCCAUGCCUGUUCCUUCAGCCCCUGCCCGUCCCCUCACCUGGGGACCUGGCAUGAACUCCCUGGGGCAGCUGUUUGAGACGAGACCAGGUGACCGCUGGAGCCUGGAGCCUCACCAGCCGUCACUGUGUCCCCCAGGCUUCUGUCGCCCUGGAGUCCUGCCCCUCCCGGAAGCCCUUAGGGUGGAAUUUCUCAGGCUGCCAGGGCAGGCCCAGGCCUCAGGAAGAAGGGGAGGCCCCUGGCCCUCAGGUUGACAAGGGAUGGCUUGCUCUUGGGGCUUGCCUCCUGCGUGGGCUCCAAAGGAGCCCAGCUCCCAGACACGCUAAGUGCCUAGGGCUGCCUGCUGGCGGAAGCUUUCAACAGCCAG